AUGAGCACCUUCUCGGCCAUACCUCUUGACUCCGUGGCUGAGAGGGAUACCACAGCUGACGUGAAGAUGGAGCCGACGGAUCCUGCGAAGGCGGAGGGCAGCACAGAUGCGAAGACGGAGGACGCACCCAUGCAAGAAAAGCCGGAGGUAAAGGAGGAGGUGAAGGACGAGGUGAAGCAAGAGGUGAAAGAGGAAGUGAAGGCGGAGGUGAAGGAGGAGCCCAAAGUGGAGGAAGAACCAGAGGACAUCCUGGGCUUUCUUCGACCCUUCUACAGUCCAAUAGGAGGGCCUUACGGGCAGAAAGUUGAGCGUUCAGAGCACCGGCUCCCUCCCAUGCUGCGAGUUUUUUUGGCUUCGGGUCGAGAGCUGGCUGCCCUGUCAGCCAACGACUUGCAGGCUGGUGCAGAGGGCCUCAGCAGCGUGCUGAAGCUGAAAGAAUAUCUUUCUGGGCUGACUGGGCAUCCCCGCUUCCGGCAGCGCGUGCUGUGCGGUAACCGCCAGAUGGGGGAAGAUGAGUCCUUGGAGUUGCCAUUGUCCGUGCAGCUGGUUGUCGUGAGUUUUCGUGAUGCUAGCGAAGCGCAGAUGUUUCAGCUGCAACACGCAGUCUUUGCCGACAAAGUGGCAGUUGUUGAGGAGUUGCUGAGUGUGCCUUUGGAUCCUAACAUGUGUGUUGCAACUCCCAGUCCAAGAGCCCUGCUGCAUUUGGCGGCCCAUGCUGGCAGCCUCCAUUCUGCAAAGCUGUUGCUUGAGGCCAGCGCGGACAAAGAGGGGCGCAUGCCAGAUGGCUUCACACCGUUGCACUGCGCGACAGACGCUGAAGACAAUUUCGGCCUGACGCCGUUGCACCUAGCUUGCUUGGAAGGCAAGCUGGCGGUGGUGCGAUACUUCGUGGAGUCUCUUCGCCUUCAGAACAUGCUGGCUCGCGACGGGUCGUCACCCCUGAAUAUUGCUUGCCGUGCCGCAACAUUGGACGUGGUGUGCUACCUCAUCUCUGCCCGCGCAGACAUCAAUCAUCUGAACUCAAGUAGGGAGACGCCCUUGAAUGCUGCAAGCAGGCACGGGCAUCUGGAAGUGGUGCGUUGCCUCCUGCUCGCGGGCGCAGACGCGGGCCGGGCCCCUGGCAGGUGCACGCCUAUCGCCGCAGCGCUAGGUGCUGGACAUCUCGAGGUCGCCAGGCUCCUGGGCGAAGCCCAGGCCGCACCAAAGCGACGAAGAUUGACCUUCAAGCAGCCUGGCAGCCAAAGCUGA